AAUCAGUCUUUGUUUAUGUUUGGAAUAUGAGGAAAAGAGUUAAAUAAACUGCAAGAUGACACUGGCACAUCGGGCUCUCUUCACAUGGUUCAUCGUGCUGGUCUUCCUCAUCCUUUUGUGCUUGCGCCUGGACCCACAUACCACCUGGAAUUGGUUCGUCACCUUCACUCCGCUCUGGUUCUUCGACUGCAUCCUGAUCGUAUACGUUAUAAUUAAGUUCAUCCGUAAAUGGCGCAACUUGAACCGCCUAACCGACCUCCUACUUCUAUACAAAUGGAACAUCGGCGGUGUACUGCUGACCAUCACGUCGCAGGUGAUGAUUUGCCUGACGCUAGAGUACCCCCAGCAGAUCCCGAUUUACGUGACCAUUACCCCACUAAUCCUACUUCUUAGCACUGCUAUUUUCUACGUGGGCAGCCGGCUGGGCAAGCGGGAGGGAUGGUUGCAGUAA